GUGUACAGCACGCACCUAUACGUUCAGGAGCUGACGUGUUACGGCUACCUCUCCUCAGUGGAAUUACACGCGUGGGAGGAGUUUAGCAACUUUCACUUUGGAGAAUUCUGGGAAAGGCAACUAUGCUCUCGUUAAAGGUGUCUGACCCGUGCUGUAAAUAGAAUAGUACUAGUAAUAGUAUUUAACGAAAGCGGACAUCAUUCUUACUGCAGUAAAUUCAGCAACAUGAUGCACUUUAUGCUGCUCUUCAGUCGGCAGGGCAAGCUGAGGCUGCAGAAAUGGUUCAUUGCCAUUGGAGAAAGGGAGAAGAAGAAGAUCAUAAGGGAGAUGACUCAGAGUGUGCUGGCAAGACAGCCAAAGACAUGCAACUUCAUGGACUGGAAAGACUUGAAAAUUGUAUACAAGAGAUACGCUAGCUUGUACAUUUGCUGUGGAAUGGAGGAUCAGGACAAUGAGCUUCUGACAAUUGAAAUCAUGCAUCGUUACGUUGAACUCCUGGACAAGUAUUUUGGGAAUGUAUGCGAGUUGGACAUCAUUUUUAAUUUCGAAAAGGCCUAUUUUAUUCUUGAUGAGUUUCUCAUGGGAGGAGAAGUUCAAGAAACGUCGAAGCUGUCAGUUUCAAAAUGCAUAGAGGAGUCUGAUCUGAUGCAAGAGGUGAGUCCAGGGAUGAAAGAUACAUUACUAAAGACGAUGGAAGAAUACAUGAGUAAACCAACUUUUUAAGUACCAGUACACAAUUACAGGUGUCUGCUGUAAGAAACAAAGAUAAGACAACUGACGGACUGAGAAUACAAUGAUGAAUCGAACUGUACUGGAAACGUGUUCUUAGUUAUCUAUGCCACAACCAUAAAUGAACUUUGAUUUUUCACUCAUUCUUGCAUGUGUUUGUGGUUAUGGAUUAUAUUUUGUACAGUUUAAGUAUCACUCAAGGUAGUCAAGGUCUGUAAAAAAUUACUUUUUUUGGUGUUUUGUUUUCUUUGUUUUUCUAACAAAUUAAUUGAUUUAUAUUGCAUAGCCUGUAAAAUACCAACAUAUGAUUUUAGGCCACUGCUUGGCAAACUAAAUUUAAAUAAAAUUGAACUACAAAAUAUAACUGUAUUAUAUUGGUAGAGAACAUAAUUAAAUACUAUUUUAAAGACACCUUUCAUGAGGCAGUUAGUCAUAUGAGAUGGAAUGCAAUCAAUUCCAAUGACUGACAAUUUGUUCUUGUAAUUCUACACUCUCUCUCUCUCUCUCUCUCUCUCUCUCUCUCUCUCUUUUUAUAUAUAUAUUUGUAUUUUAGUAACACUUGGAAUUGUAAACACUUUCUGAGAUGUGUAAUUUAUGGAAAUGUGAUCUGAAGGAAAAUUGAUAAUUCUCAGUUCUGACCUCAAAGUGAAUUAUGACUUUUUUAAGGUCAGGACAGUGAAUUAUGUACAUUAGUUAUGCCAGUUUUUUUCCAUGGGGGGGAAAAACUGCAAUUCCAAUCAUUUAUUUUAGAUGCUUCGAUAAUUUUAGCCCUUAAAACAUGGGGGACGAAAAAAGGUCACUGUAUUAUAAUGAAGUGGCGGAGGCCUCUGUUAGACUGUGUUGGGGAAUGCAGUAUUGCCUGUGUGUGAAUAUAUUUGAUUGCAAGUUCAGCAGUAGGUAACUUUGAAUAAAUAAGACUCUCAUUUUACUGCAUUCGUUUUGAUUACCCUUUUUGUAUAGGCUGGUUCAGUUGACAAUAUCUUUUUAUAUCUGGAACUGUAGGGUUGUGUAUUUCUUUUAAGCUGUAGGCUGUAUUUACAGGUUGCUGGGUAAAAUAAGUUGACUGUUACUGUAAAGUAUAUUAAUGUCAUAAAGCUUAUUUUUUCAUACAGUA